UGGGUAAACGACAGGGGAAAAAACUACACCCCUCCCUCUCUUACUCCAGAGGAGGGAGGGAGUGGGAGUGUGUGUGUGUGUGUGUGUGUGUGUAUGUGUGUGUGUGCGUGUGUGUGUGUGUGUGACAGAGUAGAGAACGAGUCUGAAGAAGCGAGGAACAGUUCGCCAAGCAGCUCCGCGGAUCUGGUGUUUGUUUCUGUUUCUUCCACAAACCUGACGCAGAAGAACGCAUCCGUGAGCAGAGAAUGAUGACUGCAUCUGUGAGCAGAUUGUGUGCAUUUUGGUGUUGUGUGUUUGCUGUCCUGUCCUUAACAACAGCUGAGGAAGCAGAGAAGCCGGCGGCCGGACGAAAGUCUCGUCAGGCAGAAGAGGAGGCGCUUGAAGGAGUGUGGGGUCCAUGGAGCGAGUGGGUGGAGUGUUCUCAGAGCUGCGGAGUGGGCGUGUCUGAGAGGCGGAGACCGUGUAUGCCACCUCCCCAAACUCCGCCUCUUAUGUGGAACCGACCGGCUUACAUUCCACCAGGUGUCCCAAACAACACCCCUGUGAUCUCUGCGGUCAGACCCUACUACAACUCCUUGUAUCCCGUCAACGAGCCCCCUCCAUUUGGAGCAGGGGGCGCUGAGAUGCCUCCUUACUUUUCCCCACCUCUCCCAGCCAAUCCCAAUCCUGGAUUACCACUCUACCGAAACGAAGCCGACGGCGCUGCUCCAGUGCAGUUCGGCCCACCCAAUCAGGAGCCGGUUUCAGUGUACCGUUCACCUUCCUCAUCCGCUUCACUUCCCUACGGGAGAGUUCCCGCACGGUCGCCCAAUCACGGCAGAGCUGUAGGCAGUGGAAGCAGGAGGUCGGUUUCCACCAAUAGGGAUCCAGCAUCUGUAAGAAGGUGAGCAGGACUGGUCGCCGCUAGGGAUGACCUUCCUGUUUACAUUCGCAUACUCAUUCAUAGCUUGGGUUGCAUGAUAAAUAUGGCAAUAUGUCCAACAAUAGGUUGUGAUUUAAAUUUAAAAUAUACAGUCUGAAAGUGCUGCUUGCUUGAGUAAAAGGGCAACGCUUUGUCCUUUACUGCACAUGCUCAAGGCUUUUAGUGGCCAAUAUAGGCUUAAAUUGUGCAUUGUGAAUGUAGAUAUUCAUUUUUUCUAUAUUCAUGUAAUUACAAACAUUUCUAACUGCUACAUAUAUUGUGUAAUAAUCUGAGUCUUCAGUAUAUCAGCAUUACACUAUACCAUUCAGAAGUUCGGGGUUCGUAAGGUUU